AUGAGUUGCGGGAAUCCUUUGUAUUUGCAAUGGAUUCAAGAAUGGAUGGAGGAGUCGACUCGACGGUAUCCCAAGUCUUACCAGACAUGGAGAAAGGCAUAUGAUUCCAUGAAAAACUGUCCAGUCACUUUACAACACCCUUCACAAGCUUCUGCUUUAAAAGGAAUCGGGCCUACGAUAUGUGCUAAGCUUGAAAAGCGAUGGAUAGCUUAUUGUCGAGAAAAUGACAUACCGGUAACACCUAUUCCCCAGAAGGAAAGUGUGAACAAUUUGGAAGACCAGAAUGUCAAUGCUGCAGCACCUUCCUCCAAUAACGUAAAAAAGCCGACUGUUCGAAAGAAACGCCCAUACGUACCUGGUUAUAGAUCGGGUGCAUAUGCCAUACUUUGUUCUUUAUAUUCACUUUCAGUUCACGAAUUUGCUACGAAACCACAAAUAAUUAUUUCUGCGCAGAGGUUCUGCGACGCAUCGUUUGGGUCGGCUACCGAUGGGAAUCAACGUUAUACAGCUUGGAGUGCUAUGAAAACACUUAUAACGAAAGGCCUUGUUUAUCAAACAGGUCAUCCAUCGAAGUAUUGUCUUACCGAUGAUGGUGAAGAAGUCUGCACGCGUUUAGCAAGGGUUGAUGAUGCCUUUCGAAAAAAUGGUAGCCCUUUGCGAUUGAAGAAGAGCAACUCCACUCCAGCUAGCUUUCCUAGCUCAAAUAAUUUAAAAAAUAACGACGUAUUACAGCGACGUUUAGGAAAAAACAUGACAUUGAAUACGGUCUCACAGCAAGAAAUUAAUGUUGAAAACCAAUCAGAACUUGUGCUCUCAGAUGACGAAGAGAUGCAGGACAUAGCUGAUGGAGAAAAAACUGAUGUGGAUGAGCAUCAAGAAGAGCACCUCGUAGAUGAUACUAAUUCCAAUAUACCAAAUAUUGAUUUGACUGAUGUCAGUACAGCAGCCUCAACUGUGAACGUAGAGAAUCAGAAUGAUGUCCCUACGGAAGUUAUUCCAUUUGAGCGUUGUACCUUGGUUUUAUUAAUUGAUACUCGAGAAAUUCGGAUUCGUGGUGAUCGAAACACGGUAGCUGACAAGCUAAACAACGACCAUAACGUUUUGUGUGAAGUACGUGCUUUGGAACUUGGCGAUGCUAUAUGGAUUGCGAGAGAUAAAGUAACAGGUCAGGAAAUUGUUCUUGAUUUCGUCGUGGAAAGAAAGCGAUAUGAUGAUUUGGUAGCCUCAAUUAAAGAUGGGCGAUUUCACGAACAAAAGCGUCGUCUUACGAAAAGUGGAUUAAGCACUGUUUUUUAUAUCUUAGAAGAAUCUAACUUUGAUGAAAGCUUUUCUGACUCCAUCCAUACAGUCGUCUCCAACAUACAAAUUGAUCACUUAUUCCAUGUUCGUUGUACAAAGUCCUUGGAUCAUACUAUUUCCACUUUAGCAAACAUGACAAAACAUAUAGAAAGUCUGUAUCAAGACCGGAAAACAUUGAAACUAAUCCCAGAUUUAUCGGUGGAGGCAAAGACAUUUGAAUCCAUGAGAAAGCAUUUAGAGAGACUGGACCCAUCGGUUACCUAUCAUAUUACUUACAAUGCUUUUUCUUCUGUCUUGUCAAAGUCUUCUACUCUAACACUUGGUGAUAUAUUUGUUCGAAUGUUGAUGAGCAUCCGUGGUGUCAGCGCACAGAAAGCGCUUGAAAUCCAAAAGCGUUUUCCAACUUUUAUUGAUUUAUUUGAGUCGUAUGAACGAUGUUCAUCUAAUCAAGAUCGAGAGUUUCUUCUUACGAGAUCAUGUCAAGGAUUUGGAUCACAAGCCAUUGGUCCUGCUCUUUCAGCUAAAAUAGCCUACGUUUUUCAUCCAGAUUCAACAUAG